CAUGUACCGUAUCAUCGUGCAUGCCCCCUGUUCUCAUGAUUUUGUGGACGUCGACUUCAAUCUUGUACAGCUAUUCAAUCUAUUUGGAGGAGGAUGUAUGAGAGUAGAUAAUACAGGCAAAGACAGAUAGUCCGAAUACCACGAUAAAUGCAAGGGAUCACGGAUCAAUCACAGUUUAUUUGAGUCUCUGUCAGCUCAGCCGCCCAGAGUAUUAUGAUGUCAUCUCUGACGUCAGACGAGUUGGAUAUCCUAAGAUGGUUCAAGGAUGAGCUCCAAUGUCAAAUAUGUAACAACCUUCUCUCCAACCCGAAGUCUCUGAACUGCUUCCAUCUCUUUUGUCUUGAGUGCAUCGAGAAGAAGGUUUCAGAUCUUGAACUAAGUCGUGAUGACCCCAGUCAGAAACUGAGUCUAUGUUGCCCAUCUUGCAACACUGUUACUCUAGUUGAUGGUUCUGAGAGUUUGUCCAAACUAACUACCAAAUCAUCCGUUACACGUUUACUGGAGAGUUUACACAGCCUAGGUCUGAUCAACCAAUACAGUCUGAAUGAAAGGUUGUCAGGGUCUGAAGAUAAUUUUGGACAGUUCUCGAUGACAGCAUCUUCAGGUAUCACUUCGAUUGAUUCAAUUGAUCUUCCAAGCUUUGUCACUUCUGUUGGUAGCCAGUCGUCGAUAUAUUCAAGGGGGAAAUCAUUUGAUAAUUUGUUAGCGUCAUCACUUUCUGAUCAUGGAGACCCACUAAUAUCAGCUGCUACUUCUUGUGAUUCGAUAAGAUCUCUGAGGUCAUCUGGGUUUCAGUGUAAAUCUCCAGUCGUGCCAAAUCAAAUCCAGAUACGACAAACAAGCCAUGAUUCAGAUAAUGCGAGUUUAGCAAUCAGCAGUGAAGGAAAUACAGUUACUACCAAGUCUUCUGCAGCAGAAGAUGUGACAUCUGGUGGAAAAUCCUCUGGACGUGUAUUGUCGGAUAGUGAUUCUAAGACUGAACCCAUGAACAUGAACAUCAAGGUGGAGAGACGUUGUUCAGUGCAUUCUGCUUUACUUUUAACCGUUUACUGCUUGACAUGCAAGAUGGCCAUCUGUCAAAGGUGUAAAGAGGAAGGGCAUCAUGAGCAUGAGACUGAUGACCUCCAAGCUCAAGCAGAUCUUCUAAGGUGUAAGCUAUUCACAAUGAUUCGAGCUGCAACCGAAGGAUUGAGAACAGUGGGUAAAGCACAAAAGACAUUAGGGUCCCAACGCAUAUUUGACAUUAAUUCAUUAGCUAACCAACUGAACUUAAUGGAAGAUCAGAUAAAGGCCAAUGCUCAGGCUAUGAUCGCGCAAAUCGAGAAGGAUACUGAUCUGCUUUUAGAUCAGGUAACACGACUCCGAAGGGCCUCCAACAUUGAUGUGCUUAAGAAUCUUGAAAAGGAGAUGAGAACCGGAAGACACAUCGCAAAAGUUGUCAAACACCAAGGGGAUGAUGUCGAUGUCGUGAACACAUCAAGAGCUAUCUGUAAGAAGAUAAAGAAGGCAAGUGCUAUAUGUGCAAGCGGAGGGGCUAUUGAUAGGAUAGGAGAUCUGUCAGUUAGGUUUUCUAGUAACAAGAGUACAGAACUUGUGGUUGGACGACUCCAGGAGAACACUGAGUGGAAAUUGUUCCGUCAACUUCUUAUCCCACUUGACAAACGAGGUUGCAUGCAGGGUAUGGUAUCCCUACGGGAUGGACGGUUGGCAGUAGGGUAUGAAACGGGUGGUAUUGAUAUCUUCACCACAAUGGGAAAGCAAGAUGGGCCACUUUCCAGAAUCCUUGAAGAAGUGAAGUUGGUAGACCUGGCACCGACGUUGGACGGCACGAUCAUCGUGUACCCCAUGUUUGGUGAGAUCACGGAAGUGACACCUGAUGGAAAGGAACGACUGGCUAAGUUUGCUGCUCCUUCAUCCGUGGAGCAUGUAUCCAUGUCAGCAAGUAUUGAUGGACGGAUAUUCUUAGGGUACGCUGAACAUGGUGAAAUCCAUCAGUUCCAACAGAGUGGAGGAAACCCUCUGAAGAGUAUCUCGAUGGACGACUGUCGACCUCAGCAGAUUGACGUCACCACAUCUGGAAAGGUCGUGAUGAAAGACAAGACCGGUGUCAAGGUUCUAGACCUAACCACAAAUGCUACGACUGAAAUCUUCAAGGCUGGCAGAGGACAGUUUGCCUAUUCCACCUGUGAUGUCAACGAGCAUGUUUACGUUGCAAAUGUUUCGGCUUUAGGGCAUGAGAGUAAGGCAUCUAUUGAUAAAUACACCCUCGAUGGAACAUUUCUUGAAACAGUCUCAAGAGAUUGUAGAAUGGCUAGGAAUAAAUCAGGUGCUCAUUGGUUAAGACUUACAUCGCUAUCGCCUUUUAAACUUGCUGUUUGCGACGGCUCUUUUAUAUCUAUCUACCAGCGGCAACCAAGCAUAUUUGAACUGGCAAAUGAUCUAGGACUCUGACAUCAAUACCAUGCAUACGGCAGCAUACUUCUCGAAAGUAUUUUGUUUGGUAUGCAUUUUCUUAAAUGAUAUCAAGUAUUCAAGUAUAUGUUUGAUGAGGAGACAUGUAGGGCCUACACGGAUUGGAUUUCAUAACAAGGAAUUUCUAAUAUCUUUGUAACUUAACAACGACAUGCAAGUUCAUGCAUUGUUAAAUGAAGAACGACUUUGAUGUAUACCAAUUAAUUUAGGGCAUAAAAGCUGAUAUAAACUAUAUAUAAACACAAUUAAUUUUCAUUGACAUAAGAAUAAUGUACAUGAAUUCCAAAACUAUUUUGAUAAAAAGAAACAUAGGCCUAUACAUUAUACAAGCAGGAAUUGUGACAUGAUAGACAGCAUCAGUUAAAUGCAUGUUUGGUUACAAGACAUUUAGGUUCCAUCAUAGUUCGGUUUGCCGUAACCAUGGGUUAUAUUCCACAUCGAGUGCAAGUACAAAAUGGUGAGAAUAACAAGUUUCAGAUGAUUCAAUUUUCUAACCAUCUAAAGCUUAGGUAAAUGCAAAUGGUAGAUGAUAAGAAAUAAUUGAUUAUCAGCCAAUACACCAAGCUUACCAUGCUUACUAACUGUUGAGACGAUUGAAUAUGUAUUUUACUUUAUAUUAAAUACUUCAAGGAGAGACGCAUUAUGAUACAGGAGUUGAAUCUGAAUAACCCUAACCUUUGGGCUAACUCUCUCAUGAUGACAUGUAUGUUUGUGAAUUAUGAUAUUUAAUAUACUUAUCCUUUUUUUUAUUAACUAUUUUGUUUUAUAAAAUAAAUUAUCUAGACCCGU